CAUUUUUUUCCCAACUUUCUCACAAAUUGCGUGGACAAUUUGCUUUUUUUAUUAAUUUCUUGCAAUAAAACUAAACUAUAAAUAUAAAAAUGAAAGAACUACCACUGCCAGAGGUACAACAAUUAAUACAUGAUAUUAAAUUGAAAAAAGUCGAUGGCUCAUUUAAUAUAACCACAAAAUCGUUGGAAUUAUUCAAAAAUUUAAUAUUGAAUACCAAAUGGCAACAUGCAGAGGAACUAAUGAAAAUCAUACGUAGUCAGGGUCAUAUUUUGCAAUCGGCUUUGCCACAAGAGACUGUGGCCGCUAAUAUGACCCGUAGACUGUUAAAGAUUAUAAGAGAGGAAUUUGAUGUUUUACAGGCAAAGGUCCACCAUUUUGCUGAUGAUUCUCAGGCCACCUUAUCACUACACAAAUUGGUAACACAAACCAGUGAAUGUGAUAUUUGUGUUGAUUACGCCAAGCCAACAUCGGGACUGAAAGAUGCUCUGUUAGAUAAUUUGCAAGAAAUUGAAACGGAAUUGGAAACAAGCUGUGAAAGUAUUUGUGCUCAGGCUGAACAACACAUACACUCGACCGAAGUGAUACUAACAUUGGGACACUCGAGAAGUGUGGAACAUUUCUUAAAGAGAGCCAUCAAAAAGAGACAAUCGUUAACCAUAAUUAUUGCAGAAUGUGCACCAGCUUGUAGAGGUCACAAUUUGGCCGCCAGCUUGGCCAGCAACAGUGUGGAAAUUAUUGUCAUUCCCGAUUCGGCCAUAUUUGCCAUGAUGUCGCGUGUAAAUAAAGUCAUUAUUGGCACACAUAGUGUUUUGGCCAAUGGCGGACUUAGAGCAGCCUGUGGUUCAUAUACUGUGGCUUUAGCAGCUAAAUAUUACUCAGUUCCUGUUAUUGUUUUGGCUCCCAUGUAUAAAUUGGCUCCCGUACAUUUGUGUUCCUAUGAACAAGAUGCUUUUAAUUCACUGGGCUGUGCCGAGGGGGUAUUGCCCUAUGAUUCGUCUGCGGCUCGUUGUGCCAAAAUCUACAGUCCCAUCUUUGAUUAUGUGCCUCCAGAACUAGUGACUUUGUUUAUAUCAAAUACUGGUGGCCAUGCACCCUCUUAUGUUUAUCGUUUACUUACUGAACUUUAUCAUCCUGAGGAUUAUGAAAUUUAAAAAAAACAACUGUUCUUUUUGUUUCUUCGUAAAUAAAACAAAUCAAAUUUGUAAUGAAAUGAAUGCAAAGUUAUGCAUUUGUUCAAAGUUUUGUAAAUUUAAA